GGUCUGAUUUUAUCCCCAGGUUUUCCAAACAACUACUACCCAGGGAUACACUGUGUUUGGCAGUUUUUCAUUCCCAUGAGAACCCAUCUCAUCUUGGAAAUUUUUGACUUCGACAUUUUUGAGAGCUCUGGUGACACUCCAACCCCCUGGGAUGGCUUUUCAGCCCCUGCUACAACAGGAAACAGUGGCACAUCUUCCUCUGAGGAAAACCUGGACUUUGCUCUCCAUACUACAAAACCCUCUCUCCAGACCUGGAUGUCAAAGGCAGCUCAGAAUCUGAGCAGCACCAGAGAUGAGUCAAAGGACCUUGCUGGUCACCUGGAUGAACUUCCAGGAAUCACCUCAAAAAAAGAUGAAGCCAAACAAGCAGCUGAAGAAAACCAGUCGAAGCAGGUGAAGGAACCCAAAGUGAUCCCCAAGGCUCAAGCAGAGGAGCUGCCAUUCCCAGUGGCUGGCAGUGCCACAGUGCAGAGGGAAAAUACCAGUGGCCUGGAAGCAGGAGAUGAUUUGGAAGGGAAAAUCUUGCUUGCCCACCUAGCUGCUGCUAGUGAGAGAGAUGAAGUUCCAGCAGAGAGCUGGACCCUUCCCUCAACAGCACUGCCCGUGGAAAUCUCCUCCAGCCCCCAGCCAGCAGUGGAUAUCUGUCCCCACGAUGUACUCUAUGUUUCCGAUCUCAUCACAUUUUCCUCUCGCUUCUGUGGACCAAACUCCCCUUUAAACAAGACCAUGGUGUUUGGAUCCUCCCUGGAAAUGGUGGAGGUUAUCAUGGAGCUGAUCACCACCACGGACAGGGGCCGAGGCUUCGCGAUGCUCUUCGAGUACAGGAACAUCACAGAGCCCAACACAGUCGAUGCUGUGAGGCAGGAGAGGAAGGAGAACAUGAUGCUGCUGGCAAUUGUAACAGGAAUCGUUGUCUUUGCACUUGCUUUGCUCUCUGCCCUCUGCAUAGUUUGCAGGCAGAGAACGUGCCCCAAAAGGAGCUCAUCCAACGCAUGCAGUGACCAGGAGAACAGGAUCCAGAACUCCACUGUCGAUAUCAAUGAGCUCCAGCUGGUGGUGCCAAGCCGGGAGAAUGAGAACAACAACCACUCUGUGAGCCGGGAGCAGGCGGCCCCUUCCUGCAGGGGCAGCACAGAACGGUCUCCUCAGGACACUGACCCAGACGUGCCCUCCUCCAUCUCCGCCGUGACCACCGAGACCGGGAGCGACGAAGUGUUUAUCAUUUCUGCUGGACCUGGGGCCAGUGGGCUGAGCUUUACCACCUACAGGAUACAGGACAAAAACCUGAAGAGAAGCGUGACCAGCCCGGGCUCCGUGUGCGAGUGGCUGAGCUCGAACCCCGCGGGAGCCGCCGAGAAGGGGAACGUGCAGCUGGAGAACCCCAACCCCUGUCCCCGGCAGCGCACGUGGAGCGCCCGCACCUUCCACGACCUCCUGGCCCCCAUCCCGCAGCUGCAGAAGAAAUGGUGCAGCUGGACCACCACCAACAGCCCCUUCACGAAGCUGGUUGACAGCAGCGGUUUUUCUACAGCUGCAAGAUCCCAAGGUGUCCCAACCAGAAAGGUAAUCUCAGCCACUGAGAUAGAGGGAGCAUCAGAGACCAUUUACUCUGAUUCCUCUGCCAGUAAUGCCUCCUACCCCCUCACUCAGUCUGCACAAAGGCAGCGGAAGCUAACCUCCUGCAAUUUGAAGAAAUCCAGAUUUGGGAACCCUUAUUUUGGAUUUUUAGCCAGCUCCCCUGACAGCAAACCUGGGAGGUCCUUGGAUCCCUCAAGACAUCUAGGGGCAGCAUCUCCAGUCAACAGCCAAAGCCCCAAAAACCUUCUAGAGAGCUCCAACCCACUGAAAAUCAACUUGGUCAACGGUUCAAAAACAAAGGAGCUUCUGGUAGAAACAGAUAAAAACAAACCUGUUUUUGUUAUUUCUGAAGAAGGGGAUGAUCAGCAGCCUCUGGUCCUCGCAGAACAUCUCAGUCAGUGUGGAGAUCUGUCAGAGCAAAGUGCUGUGUACGCAGUGCCAGACAAACAGCCCGUGGCUCUGACUGUGGAGGGGAAAGGUUCCACCACUUUCACAUCGAAUCUUCCCCUUUGGGCAAAAUCUCCUGCUUUGUACAAAGGUCACAAGAAGGCCCCCAGCUCCUCCAGGGACCAGCAGAGCUCAGCAGGUGUAGAUGCCAACACCACUGAGACCUCACAGGACUGUGACAGCCCAGCUGCUCCUACACUAUGCCAAGCUUCAGUCCAGUGAUGCCCUUGGAAAGACUGGAACAUCAGUUCACCAAAACAGAGGGAACAGGGACUUGACCAGAGCAGAAGCUGUGCCAAGCAGUUGAGUGCAGCUUUGUUAAGAGCAGCCUUUGCUUCCCACACGCUGGGACUGAGAUUAUGAGGAUACAAACCACAGCACAGCACAAAUGCCAUUGUCCCUUAUGCCCACUAACCUCCUCUCUCUUCUUUUGCAUGAAAUUUUGAAGUGGCUUAUACAAGAAAGCAUCCUCUGAAAAGGCACUUCAGGCUGCAGAAAAUCUGGAGUAGGAAUGAAAGUCAUCUGGGAUGGUCACACCAUGGUUUAUAUCUGAAAUGUAAAUCAGUCCCCUGUCCCUGUGGUGUCACUUGAGUCUUUCUGUUGGGAGCUCUGAGUUAACUUAGCUAUGCCUGUACAAUCCAAGCCUUGCCAAGCCAAGGGUAAGAAUUCAACCAUGCAUGUUUGCAUACAGUUUUGUAAACUUAAUUUUAAGCAUUUCAUAACUUCUGCACUCUAGCACAAAGCUUACCAAGCAUUAGAAUCUCUAUUAUCAAAGACCAUGAUUAGCUCAUAUCCUAACUCUAUAGAGGAGUGUGCAGACGAGCUGAGCAACCCAACACCAGAUGCUUGUUCUAUAAAAGUCUAAUGUAGCUUUAUCUUUGUUAGAUCUAUAUAGGCUUAGAACACCUCAGUCCACUACAUUAAGUGACUCCUCAUGGCAACAGGAGCAUGUGUACAAAAACACUGAAAUACUAGGAAUAGUCUCCAGCAUCCAACCCUUGGAUAUUUGCAGCUGCUCUGAUCCUACAUCCACCAGCUAUUUAUUGCUGGUAACGCACAUUGACUGCAGAACUAUUUCCCUUUAGCAGGCAGGACUUAAAAGACAAAAUUAAGUGGGGCAAACUUUGAGUGCUUUCUUUGGAAAUUAACUCCUAAGUGGCUGUGCCUCCCUGAGUACAAAGCCAGGGCAUUCAAUGGAACACUGAACCAAAGGGAAGCCUGCUAGUCUCAUUGCCUUUAAUAAUCCCAUCAGUAUUUUAAUUGCCUCCUGGUGAUAUUUUCCUAUCUCUGCAAGACUCCUGCAUGUUUGGCCCACAAUUUAGAAUUAUUUUCCUUUCUUAAAUGAAAAAAAUUCCCUCUGAAGCUGUACUUUGCAGCUGACACAGCACAUUGUUUUGAAGCAAUAGCAUGUCAUAAAACAGGUGUCAGAAGGAAAUCUUCCACAUGAGUCUUCCCCUGCAUUGGCUACAAUGUGCACCCAGUUAUUUUAAUCCUUCUGUGUGAAGGCAUUAAGCCUGAUUCCUGAAAUAUUUAACUGAAUUAUUUAUGAUUUCACCUGCUAUUACAGCUUCCAUUUGUCACCUAUUAAUGUCUAAGAUAUGCAGCACAAGUAGGUUUUGCCUUAUAUUUUGUGUGUGUGUUUACAUGUCUACACAGACAUAGAAGCCUCGCAGCAGGGGAAGCAAAAACACAUAUGCCCUUUAGCAGCUGACUUAAACAUGAACAGCAAACAAGUCUCUGCAUCUAUUACUACCAGACUGUGUUGAGUAGUUUUGAAGUGCAGAAGUCUGGCUCCACGUUGGUUGCUUCUUUUUUUGUGGGGUAUUUUUUUGUUGUUUAAAUUAAUGCUAUUUGAUUCAAAGGGAAGAGUUAAUAUAUUUAUGAUUUAAAAAAUAUUUAGAAGUCUUCAGCACUCUAACAAUAACUCCCACUGCAUUAAAUUCAUACACAUUGUAAUUCAGAGUCGAUGUUCUGUUACUUAUUACAUUUCUAAAGAUUGAAGUACUAAAAUCUACUUUUCACAAGUCCUUAUGUUCAGUUAUUGACAAUAGCUACAUUUGAAGGGCUGGAAAAAGUGGCUUUUUCAAUAAAAGCAUGUUUAACUAUUAAUUUGCACGGUGUAACAACACUUACUUUGUUUAUUUUGCUGAAAGACUGAGUUGCCUGGGCAGUGGCUCAGGGCAGAGGUGCCUAGGGGGGGGUACCCUGGGACAGCAGCCUCGGGAGCAGCUGCAAUGGGAUGAACACAGGAGCAAACCCUCGAGGAUUAGACCUCUCUCAACUUCUCCUCAGUAACUGAGCCAGAUUUCAGAGGAGCUGGUUGUUUACCCUGACCUCCCCUCCUACCUGUUGUGCAACCAAAGAGCAGAUUUGGCUAAGGAGGUGCAGGUUCUGCCGGGGGGGUUCUGGGGGAGUUGGCUUUCCUUUCAUAUCCUGCUUGUCUGAGCCCUGCGUGUCCCUUCCACCACUGCAGCAGCACAGGGCCAGCUACAGAGCCAUCAGACUGUGCACUGUCCACAGACCCAUGUGCAGAGAGCCUUCCUCCUGAUGAAUAUGCAAUAUUGAUGAAUAUUGCAAUAUGCUGCCUGUUCCCAGAACAGAGGGGGCUGAUUUACCAACUGUUCCAAGGUGAUGCCCUCUGGCACCAGGAGAUGCUGGAGCCCCAUGCCUGCAGGUGCUGCAGGUACACAGAGACCCCCCUGCCAGGUCAGCCCUGGAGAGCCCCCAGAGGAGACUCCAGUUCCUGACUUUCCUUUUGAAGUUUUUUUUUUUUCCUUUGGCAGAUCACAACUGCUAAAGAGGUAGUUGUGUUUUAUUUUGAACCUCCAAAGAAUGUAUAAAAUAUUUUCUUCCUCUUACACCUAAAGCAAUAAGUUCUCAUGUUUUUCUCCCCC